GCUCCUGCAGUGCACCAACGAAAUAGGUCCUUCCUUGCAUGCGUGUGAGCAUUCCCAGUUUGUGUGGCUUGUCAGAUUUUAGAGGAUUCUCUCAAGUAUAGCCGUCUCGAAUCACACAGGGCGCCUAGUUCUAGUCAUGACUAAAGAAGAACUAAAAGGGGCGAGUGAGGAGGAGCAACAGGCCCAGUCGAAGAAAGGGCUGAAGAAAGCGCAGAAGGAAGCGGAGAAAGCGGCAAAGAAGGCGGAGAAGCAGGCCAAGCUGGCCGCCGAGCAGCAGAGCACCGAUGAAGACGACUUUGCCAAGGAUCGGUACGGAGUGUCUCCGAUGGUCCAGUCACAGGAGAAACUGGACAGGGUGUUGGUCCGUGUCCAGCAGCUGACACCGGAGAGGGCUGACCAGCUGAUCUGGGUGCGCGCCAGGGUUCACACCAGCCGUGCCAAAGGGAAGCAGUGCUUCUUGGUCCUGCGUCAGCAGCAGUUUAAUGUCCAGGCCCUGGUCGCCGUGGGAGAUCGCGCCAGCAAGCAGAUGGUCAAGUUUGCCGCCAACAUCAACAAGGAGAGCAUCGUGGACGUGGAGGCCAUGGUGCGGAAGGUGGACCAGAAGAUCGAGAGCUGCUCUCAGCAGGAUGUGGAGCUGCACAUCGAGAGGAUAUUUGUGAUCAGCCAGGCCGAACCCCGUCUGCCCCUGCAGCUGGAGGAUGCUGUGCGACCCGAGGGAGAGGGGGAUGAGGAAGGCAGAGCGACUGUCAAUCAGGACACCAGACUGGACAACCGUGUCAUUGAUCUCCGAACGACCACCAGCCAGGCCAUCUUUCGCCUGCAGUCCGGUGUUUGCCAGCUCUUCCGAGACACACUCACCGACAAGGGCUUCGUGGAGAUUCAGACCCCCAAGAUCAUCUCCGCUGCCAGCGAGGGGGGCGCCAACGUGUUCACCGUGUCCUACUUCAAAACCAGCGCCUACCUGGCCCAGUCUCCCCAGCUCUACAAGCAGAUGUGCAUCUGUGCUGAUUUUGACAAAGUUUUCUGUGUGGGACCUGUUUUCAGGGCUGAGGAUUCAAACACUCAUCGUCACUUGACUGAGUUUGUGGGCCUGGAUAUUGAGAUGGCCUUCAACUACCAUUACCAUGAGGUCAUCGACUCCAUCACUGACACCAUGGUGCAGAUCUUCAAAGGUCUUAGAGACAAGUUCCAGACGGAGAUCCAGACAGUGAAUAAGCAGUACCCCAGUGAGCCCUUCAAGUUCCUGGAGCCCACUCUGAGGCUGGAGUACACGGAGGGCGUUGCCAUGCUACGGGCAGCAGGAGUGGAGAUGGGGGACGAGGAGGACCUGAGCACGCCUAAUGAAAAGCUGCUUGGCCGUCUUGUGAAAGAAAAGUAUGACACUGACUUCUAUGUGCUGGACAAAUACCCCCUGGCUGUCAGACCUUUCUACACGAUGCCUGAUCCGACCGACAAGAAAUACUCCAACUCCUACGACAUGUUCAUGAGAGGGGAGGAGAUCCUGUCCGGCGCUCAGAGAGUGCACGAUGCCCAGCUUCUGACGGAGAGAGCGCAGCACCACAACAUCGACCUGGAGAAGAUCAAGGCGUACAUCGAUUCCUUCCGGUACGGAGCUCCUCCACAUGCUGGUGGUGGAAUUGGGCUGGAGAGAGUGACCAUGCUGUACCUGGGACUCCACAAUGUCCGCCAGACGUCCAUGUUCCCCCGCGACCCCAAGCGCCUCACUCCUUAAGAGGCUCACCAGAGCGCGAUUACUUGCAGAGCUUGUCUUAACAUCGCUGCCAUUCUCUUAUAUGCGACAAAGCAGGGAAUGGUCAAGUGCCACCACACUGCAGUGUCCCAACGUAAUUCACAAAGUAUCCGGGUACCCUUUUCAAACUAAGUACUAAACUGUAGUAAGAUGGAAGGUCUGCAGGCUGAUAGAUAAAAUCGAAAACUAAUAUAAAUGUCAUUCACUCAAAGGGAAUCAAAGUGUCCUAAAUGAUCUAGUUGGACGACUAGAUCGACAGUAAUAAACAUACAAUGCAGUUCUCACUUAGGCCAGCCUCUAGUGUUAGGAGGUCUUUCAGAGAUAGUCUGACACUUUUCUACAAGUCUAACUUUGCUACUUUUGACACUAAAGAAGUUUGACUGUCGGGAUAAAUCAUUGUUUUAAUGGUACCUAAGUGUUAAUUGUAAUAAAUGUUUUUAAAAGUAAAUAAAUAAAUACAAACAGCUA